UAAAAAAAAAAAGGAAGAGGCGUGGCUUGUACGUUGUUCUCGGAGAUAGAGACUGUUGUUGGUUUUUCCAGAUUUUUACAAACGUAAGACAAGAAAUAGGAGACGUAAUCGUUAGCGAGAGGUCACAAGCGCUAAUUUAAGUAUCGGUUGGAUCAAGUCUCGUAAUUUAAACCGACAAUUAUCGUUUUCAGGAGGAUCUAGGUCAAGAAAGGGAUGCUGCUGUUACAGACACAAAUGCUGAAAUUUAUGUUGCGUUUUUUCAAAAUAAGAAGCCUUGUCGUAAGCCGAAUAUGUCAAUCUCGACCGAGUCAUUUUCUAAUCGAAUGAUUUUUCAUUGUACAAAGUAUUUUAUUUCUGUCCCGCACCGCGCGUAGACGCCAAAGCAUUUUUAGCUUGUAUUGUAUUGUUAGUUGGACAACAACUCCGCAAACUGAUCUGUUUGUGAGCCGAACCUAACUAACUAGGUUACUGUAUUCAUUCGCCCAGAAUUUUUUUUAUUUGGAAAGUGGCAGUACAACAGUAAAGCUAUGAAGCUUUUAGAGAAUUCCCUUUUUGAGGCAUUGAGCUCCCAGCUGUGUGUUGAAACUGGAGAUUCCCACAUCCUAGGCAGGAUCGAGAGCUACUCGUGCAAGAUGGCUGGUGAUGACAAGCACAUGUUUAAGCAGUUCUGUCAGGAAGGGGAGCCACAUGUUCUGGAAGCGCUGUCACCCCCUCAGUCCAGCAGUGCUCCGAGCCCUAACCUAUUGGGGAAGAGUGCGGAGGAUGGAGAGAACCCACUAAGUGAUAAGUGUUGCAGGAAGACCUUGUUCUACCUUAUCACCACCCUGAACGAGUCGUUCCGGCCCGAUUAUGAUUUCAGUGCUGCCCGUGCCCAUGAGUUCAGCCGAGAGCCCAGUGUUAACUGGGUGGUUGAGUCUGUUAAUAGCAGCCUUUAUUCUGCUGUGGGGGAGCAGUUUAACUCUUUAGGCCCAGAACUGUGGAAUGCAAUUGAUCAAGAGAUAAACCUGCAGAGCUGUGACAUCUAUAGCUACAACCCAGACCUUGACUCUGACCCGUUCGGUGAGGAAGGCAGCCUGUGGUCCUUCAAUUACUUCUUUUACAACAAGAAGCUUAAACGCAUUGUAUUCUUCACUUGCCGCUCAGUCAGUGUUCUCAGUAGUUAUGGUCGCAGUGGUCUUAACAAUGAGUUGGACAUGGAGUUGGAUGAUGAAGAGGAAGUGGACAACUUCAUGGAAGACAGGUUCCCCCGAGCUCUGUGCGUCUAAAGCUUUCUCAGGGAUGACAACCUGUGCCUCAGCCAAAUGACCUAUCCUUUGCACACAAUUCCUUCUGUCCUCUUUAAGGGGGAAAACAUUUUUAUUUUCUGGGGAUUUUUAUAAAGGCGUUUCGUUUUUACUUUGGUCUACUGUGGGCUGAGGAGGGUUAAUUUUACAACUUCCAUUUGCCUCUAAAGAACUAAGAGACUUCCAAGAGAGCUGCUUGGACAAGGUCUGACAUUGACUCAUUUAGGCAUUGGCUGAGACGAAUAAAAACCCAUUGGAGACCAGUUCAUCCUAGAAGAGAAAGUCACAUUCAGACACAAGCAUGUUAACAGUGGACCUAUAGACAUUUUAGACUUAUUUUUUUCUGAAAUCUUUAUGUAAGACUGAACUAUAAAGCUUUUUUGGGAAAUUUAAUUAUUUGAAAUUCAUCUAUUUUAGUAUACACCACACUGAUUUGUAUUAUUAUUAAAUGUCUUCAGGUUUCUGUGCCAAUCGUUGUUUUGGCAUAGCUGUAUAGUAAACAUGCAAACCAAAUAUUUGUUGAAGCUUUUAAGCUGUCCAUGAAUAUGUAAAUUUUUCAUAAUGAUGUGAAUUGUAUAAAUAACAGACAUGACAUGGAAAGAAAAAUGAGAAUGGAAUAUGUUGCUUGUUGCCAGAUAUGCAAAUAGCAUUCAAUUAAAAUGAUUAAACAUCUGGAACAAUAAAAAUACAGGUUUCAUCACCA